AUGAAGCAUGGGUCCCGGGAGAUUCUGGAUGAGUUUACAGAAAAGCCAGACCCACAAAGAGAACCGCCUCACUGUCGUCCAUCUGCUCACACUGUCGCUGCAAAUGGACAUUUGGUCUCGGCUGCUCUGACCUAUUUCUCGGCAAGUUACAGCCCAGUAUUUACUCGGAAGACGUUACAGCAGGCUCUUUCACAGGAAGAAACAAGGAGAGCGAGAAGGAGGACUUUCUUCAAAGUGCCAGGCAGCUUCUCGAAGCCACCAAUAGGAAGAUGGGGCAUUCUCUUCUCCCACCCGCGGGACUUCACCCCCGUGUGCACCACGGAGCUGGGCAGAGCUGCCAAGCUGGCCCCCGAGUUUGCCAAGAGGAACGUGAAGCUGAUCGCCCUGUCCAUUGACAGCGUGGAAGACCAUCUCGCCUGGAGCAAGGACAUCAACGCUUACAACUGCGACGAGCCCACCGAGAAGUUGCCUUUCCCCAUCAUUGACGAUAAAAACCGGGAGCUGGCCAUCCAGCUGGGCAUGCUGGACCCGGCGGAGAAGGACGAGAAGGGCAUGCCCGUGACCGCGCGUGUGGUGUUCGUCUUCGGUCCCGACAAGAAACUGAAGCUCUCCAUCCUCUACCCGGCCACCACCGGCAGGAACUUCGAUGAGAUUCUGCGAGUGGUGGCAUCCCUACAGCUGACCGCCGAGAAGAGGGUGGCCACCCCAGUAGACUGGAAGAUGGGAGACAGCGUUAUGGUCCUUCCGACCAUCCCCGAAGAGGAAGCCAAGAAGCUCUUCCCCAAGGGCGUCUUCACCAAAGAGCUGCCCUCGGGCAAGAAGUACCUGCGCUACACGCCGCAGCCCUAGGCCCCGGCUCUGGGUGGGCUUUCCUGGACUCUUGAUUCGUGCCUUCACCAGCCUUCCGUCAUGUCCCCGCUGCUGGCUCCCUGCCGGGGGUCCCCUCUGCAUGGGGUCUGCUCUCGGCAGCGGGGGAAGCCGCGCCGCCUCGGCAUACACUCACUCUCGGGACUUUGGGGGUCUUGUUUCCUUUCGCUCUUCUAAUCAGAUCCUCUCUCCAGCCCCCCCCCCCCCCCCCCCUUGCGGCAGCUACCGUAGUUGAGCUGCUGAUUCCUAGGGAGAUGUCCACGUUAUUAAUCCAAGCCCACGUAUUAAUUCAAUCCUUCCCGUCGUGGCGUCUGAUCAGCCAGGAGAAGGAAAACUGCACUGUGCUACGCCAGCAGAUGCGGCCGGGGCUGUGUGUUCUGUGGGGAGGUGGGUCCAAGGGUCUUUCUCUAAAGAAACCGUUUCCGUGAAGUGCCAUCGAGGGGGAGAAGACCACCUUCCGUGGCCUGCUGG